ACAGCCAACACGUUUAGAAACGCCUUGUACAGUACUUGUUGUCAUGGCAGCGCGUUGAGCGUCUUUUCUUAACGGUUGAUUUACCUGUUGCUUUUGAUGUUAGAAAGGAAACCGCUGCGCCGAAAGUGGCUUGUUUCUGUGUUUGGAUAUCUGUUUAGCCUUCACUGGACAGAAUGAUGUCUCUGGAGGCGCUCAGAGCGUGUGUUGUGCUGCAGGACUGCGCUGAUCAGCUGGAGGUAAUAGGAAACAUCGUGCAACGUCGACCGAUCACGAAACACAGGGCUACCGAACUGAAUCUGCAAACAUCUGGACGGUGUCUCAGUGCUGGGAGCAGUUUGUCUGAUGCUACAGAAGAAUUACACACAUCCCUUCAGCGACUCAGUAUUAAUGAGAGCCCACUUACUACUGACAACCUGACCAAAGUUCAGCACGAAAGGCAGUUUCUUUCAGAUGUCAUAAAUGGGUUAUUAGUUGAAUUGCAGAAGAAAAACACUUUUGAGAGUCUGUUCUCUGUAUUGGAGGAGGAGAGGAAGAAGAAAGCCGAUCUUCUGGACAUGAUAAACAGGGAGAAAGAGAGCCGCCUGAGGGUUAAAGAACUGCAAAAACAGUUACUGGACAUUCACGCUGAAAAAGCAGAGAAGUGUGAGGCACUUGAGGAGCUGAUCGCCUACCUGAAGGUCCAGAUACAGGACAUGAGGGUGAGGACAGGGCAGCAAGGGAAGUUUGUCAAGAGCUGUGCUGAGCAGCUGGUCUAUGAGGGACAGAAAACCAACAGUCACAAAGAGAAGGAACUGGAAGAUGAAGUGAGGAUGCUGCAAGAGAAGAAUAAGGAGGAAAAAGAUGUUCACAUGGAGAUGAUGACCUUCCUAAACAGACAACACACAAGCUUACAGGAGAAGCUGCAGUUUUGGAUUCAGUGUUAUGAGAAAGACUUGGAGGAGAAGGAGCAAGAGAUCACAGCUCUAAAGAAUACAAGGGCCAACAAGCUGGCACAACUUCAGGAGCUGUCCAAGAAGUGCAGAGACAUGCAGCAGGUCAUUAUUGAAGACAGAAUGGAGAAGGAGCGGUUGCGUGUACAGCUGGAGAAAGAGCAGAUGGAGAGAGAUGCAGCAACUAAGAUCCAGUCCUGGUGGCGCGGGACUCUAGUGCGCAAGGGACUGGGGUCUUCCAAGAAAGGCGAGAAAUCCAAGGCUAAAAAGGGAAAAAAAGGCAAAAAGAAGAAGUGAUGAUUGUGGAAUUAGAGAUUUUGGUGGCUGCUUAUACAUUCUCUCUGUCACACACAAACACACACACACACACACACAGAUGCCAGUAUGCAAAUAAAUUAAAAUUUUAAUAAAAGAGAAAAUACAGUUAUAUGACAAUUGGAUAACUUUUUAUUCAUGAACAUCACUAAUCAUACUACGGAAAUAUUCACACUAGAAAACUCACAAGUCCAUCUAUAAAUAGUAUGAAACAUUAAUAUUGUUUGGUUUUAAGGGUGCAUGUUAUAAAAAUGCUGUAAAAACUGGGUUCAAAGGACAAUCCAGAGUGCUCUCCUACAUAUAGUUAUUCAAUACUGUAGGGGAAGCAAGAAUACAAGUACAGAUUCAAACCUUGUUGAUCCUUAAAAAACUUUCUUUCUUUCUUUAAGUUCCAUGUUUCAUUUUGUAGUAUGUAUGCUGACAUUGUUUUGUGAAUACAAACAUUUUCAAGAAAAAAAACUGAAUUGGCGGAUCAAAGCAAACUCGCAGCACAUGCUCUUCUAGUGUGCAUACUUGUGAGACAUACUUCAACUCAC